UUAUUACCUCCGUAGGUUGCACAGCUCACCGUGACAGUGUUUUUUUUUUUGCAAUGAUAAGAAUUUUUCACAUGACUCAAUGGUUUGAUCAGUAUUUAACAGUAUUCUUCUCUUAGUUUUAAAGACAGAUUUUGAUUUUUAUUUACAUUUUUAAAAUAAAACAAGAUUGACUGAUUGGUUAAAUUAAAAACAAGAUUGACUGAUUGGUUAAAUUAAAAAAUAAAUCAACUUUGAACGACUGAAACGUAAGAUAAUAUGAGAUGUUUGGCAUGCAUGAUAUUGAUUUCCUUACUUGAAAUAUCAACUGGUGUUCUUGUUGAAUGGAAUGCAUGGGGUGAAUGGACCAACAAUUACAGAGAUUAUUUUAAAAGAAGUCGUAAUUGUUCAGUGUCUACAGCUGAUGUCAAUUUUGAUGUUAUAAAAUGCUGUUACAAUGACAGUUUAAGCGAAUGGAGUUCAUGGAGUAGUUGUACUAAAAUCUGUCAACUAAAUGAGACAAUAUCAAGUAUAAGUGUUUGUACUUGUUUUAACACAGCUAUUGAUGGCAAUUGUACAGGAGCUGCAGUUGAACAAAAAAAAGAUUGCAGUUUUCAAGAUGAAUGUUCAGAUUAUUUAAGCGAUUGGAGUAUAUGGAGUAAUUGUUCAGUAACUUGUCAAAAUGUUGGCAGUGACCAUUUUCAAACAAGAUUUCGUACCUGUUUACGUAUAGAUGGCUGCUUAAAUGCUAUAACCAAUGAAAAAAUGGAUUGUGAUCCACCAGAUUGCACAGAUUCAGAUUGUAGAUCAACUGGUUGUGAAGGUGAAAACGAAGAAUGUGCAAGCUAUGAUAACUUUAACUAUUUUUGCAAUUGUGUUUCUAAUUAUUUCAGGAAAAAUGGAACAUGCACAGAGUGUGAUAGAGGUUGCAAUAAUCUUAUGAAGUGUAGAAACUACAAUGGCUUUAAUGAUUGUGAAUGUUUCCCGAACUUUUUUUUGGUUGAUGAAAAAUGCACAGCUGGUUUAAGUAAAUGGAGUUCAUGGAAUUCAUGGGUUGUUGAAAAUGAUAAUCCCAACCUGUAUCGAAAUCGCACAUGUAUACUCUUUAAUGGUAACGCAAAUGAAACUCAAGAUUGUAUGACUGAUUAUCUUAGUGGAUGGAGUUCAUGGAGUGAUUGCUCAAAUGCUUCCAACCGAACAAGAAAUCGUACAUGUGUUGAUGAAUAUUUUGGAAAAAAUUGCACGGGGUCUGUAGCUGAACAAACACAAUCAUGUCCAGGUUUUGCCUACACAGUUAUUAUCUAUCAGUUGAAUAAAACUUGGAAUGAUUUUGACUUAUCAUCACAGAAUAAUCAAGACUUGUUUUCAUGGUUUAAAAACUUUACCAAUGAG